CUUCCCGCUUUCCCCGGAGAAACAUGGCCGGGAGCCGUGAGGAGGCGCCAGACUACGGGCGAGGCGUCGUGAUUAUGGACGACUGGCCAGGCUACGACUUGAAUUUGUUCACGUACCCACAGCACUAUUACGGAGACUUGGACUAUGUCCUCAUCCCUCAUGGCAUCGUUGUGGACAGAAUCGAACGGCUGGCUAAGGAUAUUAUGAAAGACAUAGGAUACUGUGACAUUAUGGUCCUCUGUGUACUUAAAGGAGGCUACAAGUUCUGUGCAGAUCUGGUAGAACACCUUAAGAACAUCAGUCGAAAUUCCGAUAGAUUUGUGUCUAUGAAGGUUGAUUUCAUCAGGCUAAAAAGUUACAGGAACGACCAGUCCAUGGGCGAGAUGCAGAUAAUUGGAGGUGAUGAUCUCUCAACACUGGCUGGAAAGAAUGUCCUCAUUGUCGAGGAUGUUGUCGGAACCGGGAGGACCAUGAAAGCAUUGCUCGGUAGCAUAGAGAAAUACAAGCCCAACAGGAUUAAGGUAGCCAGUUUGUUGGUGAAGAGAACACCUAGAAGUGACGGCUUUAGACCUGACUAUGCUGGAUUUGAGAUCCCAAACUUAUUUGUGGUGGGUUAUGCCUUAGAUUACAAUGAAUACUUCAGAGAUCUGAACCACAUAUGUGUGAUCAAUGAACACGGCAAAGAAAAGUAUCGAGUCUAAAGAAGUAAUUUUCACCAUCGAAUCUACAGAUAACAUCCUACUUAUGACUACACUCAGGAAGCCAGCAUGUAAAGUUUGUCUCCCAGGCAUGUUCACUCAGCAGGAUUUAAAAGGAAAAAAAUUUUUUAAUGAGCGAGCUUUCUUUUCUGAGAUUAUAACGUAACAUGAAGAGUCCCAAAGGUUCUCAAGGAAAAGAAAGCAAUUCUUUUAUUUGACUUGUUCCAAAUUAAACACUCUGCCUUGCGACUCAAACUGCCUUCGCACCCCUGAGAUACACCUUCUUUUGUUCUGAUAAAGUCGUUAUGCUUGAUUACUAUACCGCCACCUAGUUACUCAAAUAUUUUUCACUUAACUUUUUUUUUUUUUUAAUACUUUACUUUGGUAAUAUUUUGCAAUCUUAAAACCUGGAAGCCUUUUUAUUGAACCUCUGAGCCCAUGUACUGGAACUGCAAGUAGAUUCCCAUCCUAAUAAUGGAGGGAAAGGACAAUUUAAUAUAAAUUUCUGUUUGCGCACUUCUGACAGGCCAUUAUUAUCUGCUUUGACAAAGUCUUUCUGAACAGCAGCGACAGUGAAUCUUAAUGAUGUUAUGAAAUGGGCUUCGCCCGGUGCUCUUGAUUGGAGCUUCCGGUAUGUGAUAACGGUAUGUCAUGUAUGCUUGGAUGUACUCAACUGUGUUUAAUACUCUGAAUUUUAAUUAG